UGGUCCGUGGACCUUGUUAGGUAUUACUGGCUAGAAGCAACAUCUAGGUGUCAAAUUCGCCGGUAAUCCGUGGAUGCGUUCCGAUUUGGGGCAUGAUGAUGAAUUAUGCGGUAUCCUGAUACGGCGCGUACGUAACAUUUUUGAAGUACUCGGAUUAGAUCUGAACUAUUUCGUGCGCAUGUUGCCUGCCCUUACGCCUGGCCUGCCGUCAUGACAGAUGUACAACACCGCGUUUUCUUGCGGGGCCUGAGCUGUGAUCCCCCGCAAGACUUCUAAGCUUCCAGAGCACCGAUCCAAGCCAAACGACCCGUCCACUAUAAAGACACCACAUGUUUCAACUGUCUCUUGACUUGUGUCUCCCCUUGUUCCAUGGCUCCUACUGCAAGCUUCACCAGGACUUGCUCUGACUUCGAGCCCGCAGGAUUUAUUUUACCUGACCUUGUCAGCGAUUGUCACUAUCCUCUGCGACUGAAUCCUCACUGCUAUCCGGUCUCUCGCGCUUCUGAGCAAUGGCUCCUUAAUGGAGCGCGUCUGGUAGAGCCCAGAAUAUCUAAAUUCAUGGGAUUGCAUGCAGGUGAACUCACUGCAGCUUGCUAUCCUGACGCGGAUGCUUUCCAUCUCCGAGUCUGCUCGGAUUUCAUGAACUGGUUGUUUAAUAUGGACGACUGGCUCGACGAGUUUGAUGUCGACAGUACAUGGGGAAUGCGUGAAUGCUGUAUUUCUGCAUUUCGCGAUCCAAUACACUUCCGGACGGCAAAACUUGGUGGAAAGAUGUGCAAAUCGUACUUCAGCCGCUUUAGGAAGACAGGCGGCCCCGGCUGCACCGAGCGAUUGAUCCACACAGUGGACCUGUUCUUCAUUGCUGUAGCUAAGCAGGCGGAAGAUCGUGCCAAGGGACGUAUCCCUGAUCUUGAAUCUUACAUCACCAUGAGGCGAGACACGAGCGGCUGCAAGCCUUGCUUUGCUCUCAUCGAAUAUGCAGCUCGGAUUGAUCUCCCCGACAAUGUCAUGUCGCAUCCAGUUAUCAUAGCAAUGGAGGAGGCAACCAACGAUCUCGUUACUUGGUCGAAUGAUAUUUUCUCGUACAACGUGGAGCAAUCUCGCCGCGACACACAUAACAUGAUUGUCGUACUUAUGUGCACACAAGGCCUGAGCCUACAAGGUGCUGUCGACUACCUUGGCCAGUUGUGCACGGGUACCGUCCAGCGCUUCGAAGACAACCGUGCUAUCCUCCCCUCAUGGGGAGAAGAACUCGACAAGCAGGUGGCUAUCUAUGUCGAAGGGCUGCAGAACUGGAUUGUCGGUUCACUGCACUGGUCCUUCGAUUCCACCCGCUAUUUUGGGAAGGAUGGGUGUAUUGUCAAGCGAGACCGAGUCAUCAAGCUACUUCCCAAAAGGCCUCUGUAAAGUCGACUUCUAUUGCAUCGGUUUCUCUAGAAUGCUACAUCAUCUGCGUCUUACCAUAAAGCUGGAUAAUUUUCUUCGGAUCCAUAACAUUCCUAACAUCCCACCUACCUUACUCACAACGGACCUUCGUAAUUUUCUACGC